UAGCAUCUUCUUCCUCUCUCUAAAAAAUCUAAUCACAAUUGAUCGGAAACCUAAAAACUAUCUCCCAAUUACUCCGCCACGAUGCAAAUCCGUCGCCAGAUCUUCGUCAAAUCUCCUCACCACCAACAAUCCAUCGCUCUUCAGUUAGAUCCUACACAAUCCAUCCUAACUCUCUCAAAUCUCACAUCCUUACUCGAACCAUCGCAUCGUAUCUCGCUCUCCGCUUUCACCCUCUCUCUCGAUGGAAAACCUCUCAACGUCUCCACACGGAUCAAAUUAUCCACCCUCCCUCCCGUCUCCACGCUCACACUCCACCCUCGCCUCCUCGGAGGCGGAGGAGACGGCGGCGCGACGGGAGCAGAGUCGCGCGAUUGCUACCUCAAGAUGUACGCGGAGAAGAAGCCGGAUAAGGUGGAUCCGAACGAGCAGAGGCUAUCAAAGUGGCUGAACUGCGCUUUAUCGAACGAGCCAUUGGCUGAGCCUUGCGUGGUUGAUCUACUCGGGAACUUGUUUAAUAAAGAGGCUUUGGUCAACGCUCUGUUGACCAAGAAGUUGCCUAAGCAGUUUAAUUACAUUAAGGGUUUGAAGGAUAUGGUGAAUAUUAGGCUUACGCAUGUGGCUGGGGGUGAUGAUGGGGUGUUGGGAGAUACGACGAGUUCGCGGUUUCAGUGUCCGGUUUCGGGGCUUGAGUUUAAUGGGAAGUAUAAGUUUUUCGCGUUGAGGGGGUGUGGGCAUGUGAUGAGUGCGAAGGCGUUGAAGGAAGUGAAGUCUUCGGGUUGUUUGGUGUGUCAUGUGGAGGUUAAGGAUUGUGAUAAGAUUGUGAUUAAUGGGACGGAGGAGGAGGUGAAGUUGUUGAGGGAGAGGAUGGAGGAAGAGAAGGCGAAGGUGAGGGAGAAGAAAGGCGGCUCGAAGAAGGGAAAGAACGGUGUUGCUGUGGUGGAUGCAGGUGUGAAGGUGGUGAAGAGACAGAUGGAUGAUGGGAAUGUGAAUGUGAAUGUGAAUGGGAAUGGGGUUAGUGUGAAGAAGUUUAAGGCGGGGGAUGCUGUUCCCGUUAAUGCUACUAAGGAAGUUUAUGCUUCUCUGUUUACUUCGUCUAAGAAGAAGUCUGAUUUCAGGGAGACUUACUCUUGCAGAUCAUUGCCUCUGGGGAGGAAUUGAUUUGUUUGAAGACAUGUUUGUUUGUUCUGCUUUGGUUUGUAAUAAACUUGGUUUUGUAAUUCUGGAUGAUAUAUCACGUUAUUUACUCUUAUUUCGCCCAUGUUUGCAUUCAUUGUACUAAAACUUGGAGGUAAUUGUUGUAUCAUUAGCUGGAACUGUAACAAGAGGGUGUAUGUAUGUCGUUUACAUCAAUUAUAUAAGGUACUAA